AUGUCCUUCUGCCCAGAGUUACCCGGAUUCUCCACCAAAUAUGACCGAUUUGGAAGUCCGGACUCCAUUCUUACAGAUCGAGGUCAGCAGUUCAUGUCAAAGGUUUUGACAGAGUUGUGCAAAAUCUUUGAAAUUACAAAAUUAAAAACAUCCAGCUACAGACCUCAAACGAAUGCAGCUGUUGAAAGAGCAAAUAGUUCCAUCUUAAACAAACUCAGGACGUACAUAGAUGCAGAGCAGACAAACUGGCCAAAAUUAUUAGCUCCAAUCACAUUUGCCAUGAAUACAACAAUUGCUACGGAAUCAACUCACUACAGUCCCUAUUAUCUUUUGUUCGGCCGAGAAUGUAAGACGCCAUUAGACACUUCCCUAAAUCCAGCAGAAAUCGUAGGUCAGAAUGCAAAAGAGUAUGUUGACAGCAUACAUAAGGAACUCAAGAAAGCCAGGGAACUAGCUACCAGAAAUAUUGAGGAAGCUCAGGAAAAAUACAAGACUCAGCACGACAAGCGGGCAACUCCGCCAGAAUUCAGAAUACAUGAAAAAGUAUGGCUGAGGUCGAAGAAGAAGCAAGUUGGCCUAACCCCUAAACUUUGUAAUAAGUGGAUUGGUCCGUUCUACAUAAUUGAGGACAAUCACAACAACACCUACAAACUUAGGAAUUGUGCUGAUAACACAGAGCUAAAAUCUGCAGCACAUGCGGAUGAUCUGAAACCUUUUCAUGAUCCUGAAAUCCGCCCCACAAACAGAUUAGAUCCCCUCCCGGAUAAAGAUGAAGAGUUGAGUUCCAGUGGUGAUGAGUCGUCACAAGCAGAUGAGUCAGGAAGCGAAGCUGAUGAUCAGUCAGACGCUGAAAACGAUAGCGUAGACGAUGAAAACGGACCAACUUACAAUGUCGAGAAAAUAAGGGGGCAAAGGGGUACUGUGACCGUGUGA